AUGACGGAUCAUAUUGGUACGUUCCUCGAACUGAAGGGCAAGGUUGCCCUCGUCACUGGCAUUGGCCAAAUGGGUGAUCCUCAAAUGUGGGGAAAUGGUGCUGCAACAGCACGAGUGUUGAGUCGCAACGGCGCUAAAAUCUUUGGGUGCGAUCUUCACCUCGAGCCUGCCUUACACACUAAAAAGCGCAUUGAGGCUGAGGGUGGCGUGUGUGAGGUAACAACGGCGAAUGUUACAUCUUCUGAAGACGUGAAGCGCAUGGUCGAGGAGUGUGUUGCAAAGUUCGGUCGAAUCGAUAUCCUGAUCAACAAUGUUGGCCGUUCGGAGCCAGGCGGCCCUGCUGAGAUGACAGAGAAAGUCUGGGACGCCCAAACUGAUAUCAAUCUCAAAUCUGUCUAUCUUUGCUGCCACGAAGUCCUCCCAAUCAUGGAAAAGCAGGGCGGCGGAGCCAUUGUUAAUGUUGCCUCGAUUGCCGGAAUUCGGUAUAUUGGCAAGCCCCAGGUUGCAUACUCCGCUACCAAGUCCGCUGUGAUCCAGUUCACCAAAGCUACGGCUGUGAUCUAUGCCGACCGCAACAUACGUCUCAAUGUGGUUGUUCCAGGCCUGAUGCAUACACCAUUGGUCAGUUACCUUGCAGACAAGUAUGCGAAUGGGGAUCUGGAAGGAUUUAUCACGAAAAGAAAUAAGGCAGUGCCAAUGGGUCGCAUGGGUGACUCAUUUGAUGUUGCCAACUGUGCUGCCUUCCUACUCUCGGACUCUGCUCGCUAUAUCACCGGACAGAAGAUUGUUGUGGAUGGCGGUAUCACCUCGUCUACAGGCUAA